AUGCGAUUUAUCUUAAUUUUGAUUUUGGUUGUAGAGGUUGGCGAUUUGAAGGAGCUGCAGACACUAGACAUUUCUACCAAUCGUUUGCUAACUUUACCCGAGAGGCUUCACCUGUGCCUUUCUCUGCAGUACCUCACUGUGGACCGCAAUCGACUAUGGUGUGUGCCACGCCAUCUCUGCCAGCUGCCCAGCCUCAACGAGCUCUCCAUGGCUGGAAACCGUCUUGCAUUUUUGCCACUUGAUUUAGGUCGAUCUCGAGAACUACAGUAUGUGUAUGUGGAUAACAACAUCCACCUGAAAGGCCUUCCAUCUUAUCUAUACAAUAAAGUCAUCGGGUGCAGUGGCUGUGGUGCCCCCAUCCAAGUGUCUGAGGCGAAGCUGCUCUCCUUUUCAUCGGGGCAGCUGACCGUCUUCCUCCCGGCUGAGGUGAAGGCCAUAGGGACAGAGAACGAUCAUGUCCUACCUCUCCAGGAGUUGGCCAUGAGGUGUCUCUAUCAUACCUGCCACAGGUUUCUAAAAGAUUUGAACUUUUUGUCUCCGAUCUCAUUACCCAGAAGUCUCCUGGAGCUGCUGCACUGCCCCCUGGGGCACUGUCACCGGUGUAGUGAGCCCAUGUUUACCAUCGUCUACCCCAAGCUCUUUCCCUUGAGAGAGACGCCAAUGGCAGGGCUGCACCAGGGGAGGACAACUGUUAGUUUUGUGGCUUACUGCUGCUCCACCCAGUGUCUGCAGACUUUUGACCUGCUGAGUUGAUAAACACUCAGGAACCUCCAGAGCACUGCCAGCAUGACCCUGUGGCUGUCUGCAUGUUGCACACUGUGUGCGCCAGGACCAGGAGAGUCCAACAAGGCCAGAACAGGUCCUUCUAUCCAGUCCUGUCCAAUGUGGGGACAUGCAGAACUCUCUGGAAAUGUCAUAAUUGGGCGGGCUUCACAGCAAAAAUGCCUUCACCCUUCCCCUAAGUUGGAAUAUAUCCUCUCCCAAAUUAAGGACAUUUUGUCUUCUGUGUUUUUUCUUUUUAUGUGAGUGUGUCUCCUACGUAAGCUAUUUAAGUUUGAUGAGCUUCCCUACAUAUAAUUCAAAGCAAGUUGCAAUCCUUGAAGAACUCUUAAUUUGAUAAUGUAGCCAAAUUAACUUUUGAAUGAUACACCUUUAGUGAUACUUCUCCUCUCUCUUUUUCCCUGGAGGAUCAUUUUCCUGAGAGAUUAUUCUCCAUGGUUUCUCCAGUGAAAACUUGUCAGUUUUUAGUCUCAGCAAACCCCAUGGCCUCAACAGCCCUGCAUAGCAGGGUGGAGUCCCUAAGUUGGCGGCAAAGUCAGGCUCCUUUGGAGGCACCACAGGAUCCCAGAGCACACACCCUCUGGAAAGUUACAGCCCUAUUUGUAAGUUUGGCAAUAUAUUAAGAGACUUUUAAGAGGGAUUUUAAAAACAAAAUUGUAGAUGAUAAUGAAAUAUAU